AUUUCUCUCACCGGCACAGCUUCUUCGCCUUCUCCCGUUUCUCUCCGCAGAAGAGAGAGAAAAUCCUCAAUUUCUUCUCUCUCUCUCUCUCUCUCUCUCUCUCUUACCCAAUCCUCUCUAGGGUUUCUUGGAGCUUCGCGGGACUCGCGGGGUCCUCCGUUCGUCAUCUUCUACCUCCGACCGAUUGACUGUGGUGAGAUCCCGAUCUCUCCGGCGAGAAUAGAUCUGAGUUAUGCAGCAAGGUGAUCAACAGACGGUGCUGAGCUUGAGACCUGGUGGCGGUCGAGGAACCGGCGGACUCAUUAGGCGUCGCUUCGAUUCCCCUUCGUCCACCACCUCCUCCUCGUCCCCCGCAGCUGCCUCCCUCUCCUUCGGCUCCCUCUCCUCCGAUCUCCCCCUCCUCCGCCCCCAUGGCGGCGGCCCUCCGUCCUUGUCGUUUAAGACUGGGGACUCGCAAUUUGAGGUGCAAGAGCGGAUUCGGUACACUCGAGACCAGCUGUUACAGCUUAAGGAGGCUGUUGAACCCCGUGAUGAAAUUCUGAAAAUCCAAAAAGAAAUUGAAGCUGAACUCUUUGGUGAAGAGCAAACCUGGGUGCGCGCAGAGAGCAAUGUGCCAAAUCAACCUCAAGGCCGUUUCUCGGAGCCAGACAAUCGUGACUGGCGUAAUCGAUCAGCACAGCUACCUUCCCCAGGAGAGGAGAGAUCCUGGGAGAACAUUCGAGAAAAUAGAGAUUCUGCUUCCAGAUUUGACUCUAGACAGCCAGAUGGCCAAUUUUCUCGGCAAGAUCAGCUGAACUCCCAGUUUGCAAGGGUACAGAUCUCUUCUAAUCAGAUGGGAGGCCCAACUCCUACUCUCAUCAAGGCUGAGGUGCCAUGGUCAGCUAGAAGGGGAAAUCUCUCUGAGAAAGAACGUGUUCUGAAGACUGUGAAGGGGAUUCUUAACAAGCUGACUCCAGAGAAGUUUGAUCUUCUCAAGGGUCAACUGAUUGACUCUGGCAUCACGGCAGCUGAUAUUUUAGAGGGUGUGAUUCAGCUUAUUUUUGAAAAAGCUGUAUUGGAGCCCACAUUCUGUCCGAUGUAUGCUCUUCUGUGUUCAGACCUCAAUGAGAAGCUGCCUAACUUCCCUCCUGAGGAACCCGGUGGUAAGGAAAUUACCUUCAAGCGGGUCCUUUUGAAUAUCUGCCAGGAGGCAUUUGAAGGAGCUGAUAAACUAAGGGAUGAGGUGAGGCAAAUGACUGCACCUGAGCAGGAGGCCGAGCGAAGAGAUAAAGAAAGGAUGGUCAAGCUCCGUACUCUGGGGAAUAUUCGUUUAAUUGGAGAGCUGCUGAAGCAGAAGAUGGUACCUGAGAAGAUUGUACACCAUAUUGUGCAGGUGCUUCUGGGACCCGAUGAUAAGGCCUGUCCUGCUGAGGAGAAUGUUGAAGCCAUAUGCCAAUUCUUCAACACCAUUGGGAAGCAACUUGAUGAGAGCCCGAAAUCGCGGCGCAUAAAUGAUGCGUACUUCAAUCGGUUGAAAGAACUGACUAGCAACCCCCAGCUAGCUCCUCGUUUGAGAUUCAUGGUUCAAGAUGUUCUUGAUCUCCGCACGAGCAACUGGGUGCCUCGGCGGGAAGAGGUGAAAGCAAAGACUAUCACUGAAAUCCAUUCAGAGGCAGAGAAGAACCUUGGGCUACGCCCAGGUGCUACAGCCAGCAUAAGGAGUGGACGUGGCAUUGUUUCUGGAGCACCGGGCAGCAUCAGUCCUGGAGGCUACCCAGUUAACCGCCCCGGCAGUGGUGGCAUGAUGCCUGGGAUGCCGGGGACCAGGAAGAUGCCUGGGAUGCCUGGGAUCGACAAUGAUAACUGGGAGUUCCCUCGAACCCGGUCAAUGCCUCGUGGUGAUCCCUCUGGAGUUCAGCCUUCUGGUGGGCGAAUCCCAUCGCCAUCUGUGGGCCGAUCGCCUUCUCUUAACACGAGGCUCUUACCUCAGGGCAGCGGUGGGCUUCCAAGUGGGAGGACCAGUGCCCUUCUUCAGGGGAGUGGCCCACCUCCUACUUCUCGUCCCUUGAACUUUGGGGUUGGCACUGAAGCCCUCGGUCAGCCAGCUAAAUCUAUUCCUACUCCUGCACCAUCUCCUGUACCUGUUGCAGAGAAGCCAGCAGUUUCUCCUGUACCUGUUGCAGAGAAGCCAGCAGUUGCCGCUGGGAAAUUAAAACCCCAUGAUCUCCGGAGGAAGACUCUCUCCCUUCUCGAGGAAUACUUCAGCGUGCUGAUUUUAGCCGAAGCUCUGCAGUGUGUAGAGGAAUUGAAUGCCCCAGAGUACCAUCCCGAGGUGGUCAAGGAGGCCAUUUCUCUUGCCCUGGAGAAGAGCCCACCUAGGGUUGAGCCUGUAGGAAAACUCCUCGAGUUCCUUCUCACCAAGAAGGUCCUCACACCGGGAGAUGUAGGCAGCGGUUGCUUGCUUUAUGGGUCUAUGCUGGAUGAUAUCGGGAUCGACUUGCCUAAAGCUCCCAACAACUUUGGUGAGGUCCUUGGAAGGCUAAUUUUGGCUGGCGGGAUAGAUUUCAAUGUUGUGAAGGAGAUCCUUAAGCAGGUCGAGGACGACAGGUAUCAGAAGGAAAUCUUCAAUGCCGCGAUGAAGACGAUCAAUUCAAGCCCUUUAGGGCAGGCUGUGUUGGGCUCGCAGGCUUCUGAUGUUGAGGCCUGCUCAGGUCUUCUCCAGUGAAGUAAGUGAUUCUACUAUAUCAUGUCAUUAAUCCGCAUGAGUAAGCUCGGAAGAUUCCGCCUCGCUGGAUCAGAUAUGUCUCCAUGUGCAACCAUCGGGAUGGUCAUCUAUUUAGUCAUGUUCUUUUUUUCUUUUUUGUUCUCUCAGAGGGGCAGCAAAUUGUAUUACGAUGUCAUGAGAACUGGUGCCGAGGACACAUUUAAAAAUUUUGAGUUGUAUAUUUUUUUUCCUUCGAAAUCAUCAUAAAGUUUGUCUCGGAAAAAAGGGGAAAAAAAAUAGGGGGUCGAACUUCACGGCGCGUAAUUUUGUUCUCGAAGUGGGACUAGAAAUUUUAUUGUCAUCGUGUCAGAGAUGGUUUAAAUACUGUAGCUGUGGUCCACUGAUGGAUCCCAGUUGGUUUUUAUGUUCCUUUAGUUUUUGAUGGUUCAUUUAUUGCGUCUCCCUUUGUGGUGGCCUCUCCCUAAUUCGAAGAACAGAAUUUUGAGCAGUUACAUUUAGUUCA